ACCCCGCCGCGCUAUAGUGACUGUAGCCGUGGAGACAGUUACUUACCAACGGGCGCAACACUCAGCAACAGCAGCAGCAGCAUCUGGAAGUCACCGAGUGAGUUGGAGAGAGGGAAAGAGAGCAGUUCCAGGGCAGAACUUUUCUCAAGGCAAAGCAUGCAGAACUCAGAGGCAGCGGCAGACACCCCCACUGGUGUGGCAACGCUGCGGACAUCAUCAUCAGCCCAGGCUCCUGUGGUACAGCCAGUCCCCGCCUCCCAGCAGAGGGUGCUGGUUCAAGCCAUAGGCUCAGCUCAGAAAGGAGGACAAGUAUCAGUAUCCAGGGCCUCCCAGCAGCAGGUGCCACAUGUCUACCAGUCCCAAGUACAAUAUGUAGGAGAAAGCGAGGAAGCUGUUUAUACCAACGGAACUAUCCGAACAGCCUACUCCUACAACCCUGACUCUCAGCUGUAUGGACAAGGUAGCGGAGGGACCUACUUUGACUCCCAGGCUGGUGGAACCCACGUCACCACUGUGGUCUCCUCCGCCAGCAGUGGCGUGCCUCCUCAUGGCAUGGUCGGCAUUGCCAUGGACGUGGGCAGCAGCCACAUCAUCUCCGGUGGCAGCACCUACCUGCUUCAUAGCGGAGGCUUGGACGGAAACCGCAACCACAUCUCACACUCGUCUCGCUCCUCCUCAGCAAUGCUUGAAAUGGCGAUUGAAAACCUCCAAAAGUCUGAAGGAAUUGCCAGUCACAAAAGCAGCCUGCUCAACAGCCAUCUUCAGUGGCUGCUGGACAACUAUGAGACGGCGGAGGGGGUGAGCCUGCCCCGGUGCUCCCUGUAUAACCAUUACCUAAGACACUGUCAGGAGCAGAAACUGGAUCCUGUCAACGCAGCAUCCUUUGGGAAACUCAUCCGCUCAGUCUUUAUGGGCCUAAGGACGCGGCGCCUUGGCACAAGAGGCAACUCCAAGUACCAUUACUAUGGCAUCCGGGUGAAGCCAGAUUCUCCACUGAACCGGCUGCAGGAGGACACCCAGUACAUGGCAAUGAGGCAGCAGCCUGUCCACCAGAAACAGAGGUUUAAGCCUCUGCAGAAGGUGGACAGCAUGUCCGACAGCCUGUGUGGAAGCUCCCAGCACUGCAGCAGCACUCCAGAGCAGUCGGUGGCGGCUCAAAGCCAGCAGCACCAGCAGUAUAUCGAUACGUCUCACUCCUUACCUCCGUUUCCCUCUCUGGACCUGGGCACACAGCCUCUUCCUGAGCACAUGAGCAUGAAUGAUAUUAAAAAGCUGCAGACUCUCUACAGAGGCCACUGUGAGGCUACUUUGGACGUGGUGAUGAAUCUCCAUUUUCACUAUGUUGAAAAUCUGUGGCAGACCUUCUGGAAUUCAACACCGCCAUCUAGUGACAGCAGCACAGCCAUCCCCAGCAGCGAUGAUGACCUGGAGCGUGUGAUUCCCAGAGAAAAGCUUGUAGCUCUGUGUAAAUAUGAGCCGGUCAGGCUCUGGAUGAGGAGCUGCGAUCACAUCCUGUACCAGGCUCUGGUGGAGAUCCUCAUCCCUGAUGUGCUGCGUCCUGUUCCCAGCACUCUCACCCAGGCCAUCAGAAACUUCGCCAAAAGUCUGGAGGGUUGGCUGACGACCGCCAUGACCAGCUUCCCCCAGGAGAUCGUUCGCACCAAGGUGGCAGUGGUGAGUGCGUUUGCUCAGACUCUGAGGCGAUACACCAGUCUGAACCACCUGGCCCAGGCAGCCAGAGCCGUCCUACAGAACACCUCCCAGAUUAACCAGAUGCUCUCUGACCUCAACAGGGUUGACUUUGCAAACGUCCAGGAGCAGGCGUCGUGGGUCUGUCAGUGUGACGAAAGCGUGGUGCAGCGCCUGGAGCAGGACUUUAAGGUCACCCUGCAGCAGCAGAGCUCUCUGGACCAGUGGGCUUCAUGGCUGGAUAACGUGGUCUCUCAGGUCCUCAAGCCUCACCAGGGCAGCCCCAGUUUCCCCAAAGCUGCUCGCCAGUUCCUGCUCAAGUGGUCGUUCUACAGCUCAAUGGUGAUCAGAGAUCUGACUCUGCGCAGCGCUGCCAGCUUCGGCUCAUUUCAUCUGAUCCGGCUGCUUUAUGAUGAGUACAUGUUCUACCUGGUGGAGCACCGUGUGGCUCAGGCCACCGGAGAGACCCCCAUCGCCGUGAUGGGAGAGUUCAGCGACCUGACCUCCAUGAUGCCGUCAUUCAUGGAAAAAGAUGCAUCCUUCUCAGAUGAGAUGAGUAAUUUAGAAAGCGAUGCCGACGUGUCCAGCGGACCCGCUGAACCAGCAGUGAAGAGGGAGAGGAUUGAAAUAAGCCAUCCUCUGCAGGAAGUGUGAGUCCAGUCUGAGCGCAGGCAGAAAGCAGGCUGCUGGAGAUGCAGCAUUUCUUUCUCCUGCAGCAAGUGUGCAAUGUAAAUAGGAGGAGGAAGGGUUCUCCCUUUAGGUUUAUUCUUUUUUUUUUUAAGUCACAGUUGUGUAAGAGAUGUUUUGUUUUUGUUGGAACUGUGAAUUACUUCUGUGCAGUAGCUUCUCAUUAUUAUUGGAUGUGUAACUUUAAAUGGCGGUGUUUGUGGUUCGUCUUUGUUCCUGUUUUGAUUUUGAAAAAAUUGUUUUAGUUGCGCCAUAGUGUCCUUUGAGUGCCUUAGAUUACCUUUGAAAUCACCGCUACAGAUGUCAAUCUGUCCCUCAGCUGUGCCUCAACCGCAGUAUGAAUGUAUCGUCUUCAAACCUCAAACUCUCAGAGCACUUUCUACUCUGGUCUGGUUGUAGUUUUGCUCUCCUUGUUGCCUCUGCUGCUCCUCGUAGCAUUAAAAAGGAAACGGUUAGAAGCUGGAGCUUGAAGCCUACGAACUCAAAGGACUUUUCCUUGAAUUAUUCCCAGCAGCUGCCUCUGUUUGAAGCAGCAGAGAUUAUCAGGGAUUGAAACUCCUUGGAUUUCUACCUUAAAUGUUUCUAUGCUGUGCUCCUUUUGGCUCAAUUACAUAUAUUUAGGGAAAAAACUAUUCUUAGAAAGCUCUCAGGUCACCCAUUGAUCAUAUAAAGAGCCUUGCAAAAGUUUUCAAACCCCUUGAAGUUCUUUAUUACAAUUUGAAGUCAGGCAUAAUUAUAAAGGAUCUGAAAAGAUUGUCUUCAGUCUGCAGGCUUCCUACCAGUUUUGCACAUCUGCAGACAGAAACUUUUUUUAAUUAGCUCAGGCUAUGUCUGAUUGUCAGUAGAGCACAAAUUAACAUUUAAUUCUAAAAAUUCUUAGCUGAAUUUAGAUCUGAACCAGGAUGACCCAAUGACUGUCCUGCUCUUUAGAGGCAUCCCUCCUUCCUCAGCAGGCCAGUUGGAGAAGCGGUUCAGCCAAAGGCUGCAGGGGUUUGACUGAACCAAUCCCGUGGAGCUCUGACUGCUGAACCUCAGAACUAGCCUAGAAUGA